AUGCCUGUACCGUAUGCUGACAUGUUACUGAUGAUGGGAGCAAACGGGACCAAGCCCCGCAUUAUCCCGUGCAUACCCAUGAAGAUGGCCGUUGAAAACAUCUCGGCCUUGCAGUUGAAGAAGGGGGUCAAAAGAAAGGAACCCACGUUCCUGGCAACCCUCUGCAUCGAAGAUGUAGAACGCUCCUCGGGUCCCAUUCCUGAACCCGUAAAGGAGCUACUACUAGAGUUUGAAGAUGUUAUGCCACAAGACAUGCCAGAGCGACUACCGCCUAGGUGUACUGUGGACCAUGAAAUUGAGCUAGUGCCGGGCGCGAAGCCACCCGCCUGGGCGCCUUACAGAAUGUCACAAUCCGAACUCAUCGAGCUUCGGAGACAAUUGACAGAAAUGCUAGACACAGGGAUUAUCGUGCCCUCCAAAUCCCCAUACGAGUCCCCUGUGCUAUUCCAAAAGAAACAUGAUGAUGCAUCUGACUAUACCCUCGGUGGAGUCCUGCUACAAGAAGGGCAUCCUGUAGCGUACGAGAGUCGGAAGCUGAAAGAUGCAGAACAGCGCUAUGCCGCCCAUGAGAAAGAAUUAUUGGCUGUCGUCCACUGCUUGCGCCUCUGGAGGCACUAUCUGCUGGGGACCCCGUUCGUGGUCAAUACAGACAACACAGCU